AUGGUGAAUUCCGCCUGUCUUGCCCUCGCCGCCACUGCGGCCUGGGCGCGAACAGCGUCUGGAGCUACCGUGCACCGACGCGACUCCGUGCCGCCCGAAUAUGUUGCCGCACCUUACUACCCUUCUCCACAAGGCGGGUGGACGUCCGACUGGACAAGUGCGUACGAGAAGGCCGAGGCCCUUGUGUCCUCCAUGAUCCUGGCUGAGAAAACAAACAUUACUGCCGGCACGGGUUUCUUUAUGGGAAGUGCUCUCCGCGUCGGCUUCCCACAGCUGUGUCUCCAGGACAGUGCUCUGGGCGUUCGUUCAACAGAUCAUGUCACGGCUUUCCCGGCCGGCAUCACGACUGGCGCAACGUGGGAUAAGGAUCUGAUCUUGGCUCGCGCCCAAGCCAUCGGCGAAGAGUUUCGUGGCAAGGGCGUCAAUGUCUACCUUGGACCGACCAUCGGGCCGCUCGGUCGCAAGCCACGCGGAGGGCGCAACUGGGAGUCCUUCGGAGCCGAUCCCGUGCUUCAAGCCGUGGGAGGCGCCUUGACGGUCCAAGGUGUGCAGUCGAAAGGCGUCAUUGCGACGGUCAAGCAUUUGAUCGCGUAUGAGCAGGAAAUGUAUCGCAUGUAUAAUGUCAUCAUGCCCGGCUACAGCUCGAAUGUUGGUGAGUAUUCGACCGAAGCCACGUCGUGCCCCAUGUUUCACGAAUGGGUGACCUGGGGAUCGCGCACAAACUGA